ACGUUCACGGGGGAGAAAAAAGCGAGCAAGGAGGCUGUGGGCUUCUUUUUAAUCACUUCUCAGUACGGAAAGAUGAGGGGUUUUGUUAUUGUUUUACCUUAGCAAAUCUUUAGGAAUGCAAGACAGGAAAGGUCUGUUUUUGAGACUGAGAAGCUAACGGAGAACUGCUUUGUUUGGAGAUAAACAUAAUUGCGUGCUUAGUUCGGGGGCACUAUAGGCUUCAGAGAGAAUUUCAUCCUGUGCAGGAAUGGUGGGAAAAAUAACCUUAAAGUUUCUCCAUCCUUUUCUUCUGUAGUCGUUGGAAUUAACCUGGUACUGGUCCCGGAACAUCAGACUCUGCCUCCUACGUUAUUUUGGGAUAUAAGCGUGCAAAGAGAGAGAGAGUCUUCUCCAGCCUGCCCUAGGAAGCGCAGACGUAGCUGCUGAGACUGAUGCCGAGGAAGAGCUGACAUACGAGAUAAAAACUGUUAACGUAUACAGAAAUGGAUUUAUGGUCAAGAGUGGCAGUUUGGAUCCUGUGUGGUUUUCUCCUGCAGCAAGGGCAGGGGGAGAGGCUUCUGGCUUCCCAUCUGGAUGAAAGUGCAAUUGCAGCAGAGUUCUGCCGAAUUGAUAAGCCCUUGUGUCAUGAUGAAGAUGAGCAGCUCAGCUUUGAAGCUGUCCGCAACAUACACAAGCAGAUGGACGAUGAUGCCAAUGGCAAUGUGGAUGUGGAAGAGAGUGAUGAGUUCUUGAGGGAGGACUUGAAUUAUCAUGACCCAACAGUCAAGCACAGCACCUUCCAUGGCGAAGACAAACUCAUUAGUGUGGAAGACCUUUGGAAGGCCUGGAAGACAUCUGAAGUGUAUAAUUGGACAGUUGAAGAAGUGGUUCAGUGGCUCAUUACCUACGUAGAGCUGCCACAGUACGAAGAGACCUUCAGAAAGUUGCAGCUGAGUGGACAUGCCAUGCCCAGGUUAGCAGUGAACAAUGCUACCAUGAUGGGAACUGUUCUGAAAAUGACAGACCGAAGCCACAGACAGAAGCUGCAGCUGAAAGCUCUGGACACUGUGCUCUUUGGACCUCCUCUCCUGACUCGUCAUAACCACCUCAAAGACUUCAUGCUGGUGGUGUCUAUUGUCAUUGGAGUGGGUGGUUGCUGGUUUGCCUAUAUCCAGAAUCGCUAUUCAAAGGAGCACAUGAAGAAGAUGAUGAAAGACCUUGAGGGGCUUCACAGAGCUGAACAGUCUCUCCAUGACCUUCAAGAAAGACUGCAGAAGGCUCAAGAAGAACACCGCUCUGUGGAAGUGGAAAAGGUGCACCUGGAGAAGAAACUUCAAGAUGAGAUCAGUAUUGCCAAGCAGGAGGCACACCGGCUCCGAGAACUGCGGGAGGGCACAGAGAAUGAGCUGAGCAGACAAAAAUAUGCUGAGCAAGAACUGGAGCAGGUCCGAAUGGCACUGAAGAAUCCCGAGAUUUUAGCCUUGCAGAAGUGGCUCCAGCUGACCCACGAAGUGGAAGUUCAGUACUAUAACAUCAAGAAGCACAACGCGGAGAAGCAGCUUCUGGUGGCCAAAGAAGGGGCUGAAAAAAUUAAAAAGAAGCGAAACACCCUGUUUGGAACAUUUCACGUUGCUCACAGCUCAUCUCUAGAUGAUGUUGAUCAUAAAAUCUUGACUGCAAAACAAGCUUUGAGUGAAGUGACAGCAGCGCUCCGGGAGCGCCUGCAUCGCUGGCAGCAAAUCGAGCUGCUCUGCGGGUUCCAGAUUGUCAACAACCCGGGCAUCCACACGCUGGCAUCAGCCCUUAAUAUUGAUCCGAGCUGGAUGGGCACCCCUCGGCCUAACCCUUCACACUUCAUCAUGACUGAUGAUGUGGAUGAUUUGGAUGAAGAGAUCGUGUCUCCCAUGUCCAUACAGUAUGCAGCCUGGCUUUUUGGGCGCAGGUUCAGUGAUCGCUCGUCUCUGUCCUCGGAGGAUCAGUCCCUCUGGAAAUACCCUGCUCCUGCCUUGCCCGGCACUGUUCGCCAGCGCCUAGUGGACCCACAGCAUGCCCACGGAUCUCAGAGGUUGGUAGAGAGUUACGCGCAAGGCCAGAAUGAAUCGGGCCAGCCUGCCCAUUUCCUGGCAGGCAGAGUCUCUCUCCGUCGAAUGCACAGCCUCACUUCCGGACAGUCUUUCAGUUCCGACCUUCACGGCACCAGCCCAUCAUCUGCCACCACCACCACCUCUUCCACUUCUUGCUCCUCAUCCACCACCACUGCAUCUGCUCCUGCUUGCCAUAUCCACCCUAUCUAUUACCAUCACACCACCUCCUCUUAUUUCCUUCAGAUGGACUCCACCCCUGAUCUGCCCCCUCCUGAUGUCACCUCUGGAAUUCGCUGUCGCACUGAGAGCUUUGGGUAUAUUGCUGUUUCUUUUCUAGCUCCCACUUGCCUGCUGUGUCUCAGAACCGAUGCUUGCUCGGGUGUUCUUUCUCUUAGAUUCCUUAUGCCCUUUCCUUUUGGGCCUUUAUUUCAUUAUUUGUCCACCUUUUAUUUCUUUAAUCUCUCUCUCAUGCAAGUGGACCCUCUAAGGAAUACUCUGUGGUCCAUUUCCACAUCUGCAAACUCAGUGGAUGAGCACAUGGAAGUCUCCUCCCUGGGGGCUUUGCCGGAGCGGCUGUCCGAGAGCCCCAUGGUGAUGAAGAAGAUGAUGAUGGUGAACCACGGCAUGGAGAAGUCCUCCAGCCUCGGGGAGAUCAGCCACCCGACAGCCGGCAAGCACAGCCACUCGGAUUCCUCCCGCUCGCACAGCCCCAGCUCCACCGACCCAGACACCCCCUCCCCCAUCUCUGACUCCCGGCCCAACAGCGUCAAGAACACGCGCAUCCCGCAGCUGGCUGCCAAGAAGAACCCGGGGGACGAGGACAGCAGCUUGACAGGUGAUGAGGUUGACCUCGGCCAGAGCAAGAAAAAGUUCCCCCUGAAGAUCUUCAAGAAGCCCAAGAAAUAGAAAGAUGAGGGAGGAAGAGGAAACCCAACCAUGAACC